AUGAUUAGUUACCAGGUGGUUAAUGGCUUCUUUUGGGCUAGAAAGCCUGUUGUUGUUAAUAAUGAUGGAGAAGCGCGUAAAUCGACAUCACUUGGUAUUAUUCCCUUGGGAACAGGUUCGGAUUUUGCAAGAGCAUUUGGUUGGAAUAACAAUCCUUUUGAAGCUGUGGACCAUAUAGCCAAAGUUCAUGUAAGAUAUUCUGCUGGGUUGAGGAACCGAAUUGAUGUUGAAGUUGUCAAUGAAGAUAAUGGGGAGAAUCAUUACUUUACAAAUGUUGCAGACAUUCAUUUAAGUGCAAAGGCUGGUUCUUAUGCUGCUAGAUACAAGAAAUUUGGAAACUUAUGCUAUGUGAUUGGUGCUUUGCAAGGCUUUAUGGGACACCAAAUUAGAGAUUUUAAGACUAAGGUUGAUGACGGUGAAUGGGAGCUGUAUCCACAAGUAACUGCUCUAUGCAUUGGAAAUGCUAAAUACUUUGGCGGUGGUAUGAAAAUUGUGCCAAAUGCCGAUCCUUCCAACAGGAGUCUAGAGGUAGUAAUUCUUCAGGAUUUCAAGUGGUAUGACUUUAUUCUGAAUUUACACAAAAUAUACAAUGGGACAUAUUUGACGGUGAAAAACGUAACAUCAAGAAGCGUUCGUUCGAUCGAAGUGGAAGAAGUUUCUUGCAGCGGCAGCAUAUAUGUUCAAUCUGAUGGGGAACACUUGGGGUUUCUUCCAAGGAAAUUCCAUAUUCUACCAGCUGCCAUUGAAAUGAUAUGCUGAACAUGAGCUCCCUUUUGCAGAGAGAGAAUAACAAUAAGCAAAAGCUUCAUAGCCGUAGGAUCUUUUUUUCUAACGUGGACUCCUCUCUCAAAUUAGAGAAGACAAAUGGCCUCCUAUAGUGGAAGUGGUGGAUACUUGGGAGUUACCUCCAGUGCUCGUAGAAAGAUAUAAUGCUGCUGGUGGGGAAGGAACUGCCUUAUGUGGAAUACUUCCAGAAAUACGAAUAGCUUGGGCAUCUGUUGACAAUUCUUUAUUUCUUUGGUGAUUUGACAAGCGGUGAGUAUAAUUUGGCCAUGUUAGAUAAUUUCAUUAUUAAUGUGUAUUUUGAAAUCUAAUUGUGAUCCACAAUAUUGUUUGUUGCACCAAGAUAUCUUGUCAAAUUGAACAUUCAACGCAUUUGUAAUUGUGAUGAUUUUGGAAUUAAUGUUUGGUCAAAUUCUUUUCAUAUCCAUAGAAUCAAUGAUUUUGAAGUGUCGAAA